CUCGAGAAAGCAUUCGUAACACAAUACCAAUAGAAAAAGGGCAUGACUUCAGCUGAACUUUGAUCACCACCACCUGCGCCAUUUAUGGGUACAUAUGGUUGAGGUUGCACCACGCAUCACAAGAGGCUCUCAUUGAUCAGACCCCCUGCCGGUUCCACCCAAUGCAGCAGUGUAGGCGAGAGAGCCAAUGCCUCACUCUCUUUGCCGACAUCAAGCUUUGGAUCCCGCAAAAAGCAAGCAGCUACAGGAAAAUGCGAACGGAGGCAUUGGAGGUGCUGCAUGCAACGAAAAUCACAAUUCCGGGGACGCCGCUCAGCCUUGUGCUUUGCGCCACGGCGCCACGAUUGUCCAACCACAAUACGGGACUACAUCCAAUGGAUUCAGAUCACGAGAACUUCGCCUGCAUGUCUCGAUGGCUAGAAGUCCAAGAAAGACGAACUUUCUUCGCACUACUAUCCCAAGACUGCAUCCCAUGUGCCGGCUGGCCCGACAAAAGCCUCUGCCAUUCUCGUACCCCGUCCGAAGACAGGCAUGCCAUGCACACCAUCCUUCCUCGGCUGGAGAAAGAGAAAGAUGUCGAGCCAAGUUGGGAAAGCUGCUCAUUUAGCCUUUCCCGAUUCGCGAUUCCAUCUCCGGCAAAGGAAAGAAUAGAAAUGUGAUAGAAGCUCCAGCUGUACAUGCACCGUUCCAUAGUCUCACAACAAUGUCUUAAAGGAGCGAGGGAGGGAUGUACCGAUGUUGGGGUCUCGGAACAGGCUGAGUUAUCAUCCUCAGACCUUAUUAUUGUAAUUGCGGCACCAACGAGUCCGUUCCCCGGAUUCUGCGCGGAAGGAGGGAGGGAGAACAUGCAGAGGGUCACAGAAAUGAU